AUGCAACUAUCUAGGAGCACCCUGUGGCUGUUUUUCGGUCUUGGAGCGUUGGUUAAUGUUGUACUCAGCGGAGUUGUCAAAAAUAUCACCAGUGAGGCAAAAGACCCAUUAGUUUCAGAUGUCAUUGAUUUUGAUGGGAGUGCCAGCAUAAGGAAAUCAAAGGUUCAACUACCUGAGAGCAUGGAACAACCACCAGAAACCCCUGAUGCCGAAAUAAUUCCCUUCAGAAAUGAUUUGUCGCAGUGGAAGCGCAUGGAGUUAAUGGACACCUGCAGAGGAAUUGGCACCAACUGCACUCGGUCCGAGGAAUGCUGCACGCUUCAAUGUUUAAAGAACGGCAAAAUCUGUUCCUUCUAGUAAAAACCAUGUUAAAUAAAUUAGUUGCUGUGCACCUU